AUGUUACCGGAAUCUUGGAAAGACCAGCUGAGUCUGGUCUCGGCGGAUGAUUAUCAGAUCAUGGGUCGAAAUCGGAUUCCUAAUGCCGUCACGAAGCUUUCGGGACUCGAAACCGACGACAGAGAUGGCGAAACCGACCCGAACGGCGGCGCGUGGGCGACAAAGCCGAAACGGAUCGUGGUUUCGAAUCAGCUUCCGCUUCGUGCUCACAGAGACAUUUCGUCGAACAAAUGGUGCUUCGAAUUCGACAAUGACAGCCUCUACCUACAGCUCAAAGACGGGUUUCCCCCGGAGACGGAGGUCGUCUACGUCGGGUCUUUAAACGCCGACGUUUUGCCCUCGGAGCAAGAAGACGUCUCCCAGCUCCUGCUCGACAAGUUCCAGUGCGUUCCUACUUUCCUACCCAGUGACUUGCUCAACAAGUAUUAUCACGGUUUCUGCAAACACUAUCUCUGGCCGAUUUUUCACUACCUCCUCCCGAUGACGCAAGCUCAGGGAUCUCUCUUCGACCGAUCGAAUUGGAAGGCGUAUACGAAGGUUAACAAGAUCUUCGCCGAUAAGAUCUUCGAAGUGCUUAACCCAGAUGAGGAUUACGUCUGGAUUCACGAUUACCAUCUCAUGAUCCUCCCCACUUUCCUGAGGAACAGGUUUCACCGGAUAAAGCUAGGGUUCUUCCUUCACAGCCCCUUUCCUUCCUCGGAGAUUUACCGUACGCUUCCCGUGAGAGACGAGAUCCUUAAAGGGUUCCUGAACUGCGAUUUGAUCGGAUUCCACACUUUCGAUUACGCUAGGCACUUCCUCUCUUGCUGCAGUAGGAUGAUGGGUCUCGAUUACGAGUCGAAAAGAGGCUACAUUGGCCUCGAGUACUUUGGAAGAACGGUGAGCAUCAAGAUUUUACCGGUUGGGAUCCACAUGGGGCAGAUUGAGUCGAUCAAGGCGUCGCAGGAAACCGCAGAGAAAGUGAAGGGAUUGAGAGAAAGGUUCAAAGGGAACAUCGUGAUGUUAGGUGUGGAUGAUUUGGAUAUGUUCAAAGGUAUCAGCUUGAAGUUCUGGGCGAUGGGUCAGCUUCUUGAACAGAACGAAGCGCUUCGUGGGAAAGUGGUUCUCGUGCAGAUCACGAAUCCUGCUCGGAGUUCAGGUAAGGAUGUUCAGGACGUGGAGAAACAGAUACAUUUGAUUGCUGAUGAGAUCAAUGCUAAGUUUGGAGUACCUGGUGGCUAUAAGCCUAUUGUGUUUAUCAAUGAACAAGUUACUACUUUGGAUAAAGUCGCUUACUACGCUGUCUCUGAGUGUGUUGUGGUGAAUGUUGUGAGAGAUGGGAUGAAUUUGGUGCCUUACAAGUACACAGUGACUAGGCAAGGGAGCCCUGCUUUGGAUGCAGCCUUAGGUUUCGGUCCUGAUGAUGUUAGGAAGAGUGUGAUUAUUGUCUCUGAGUUCAUCGGCUGUUCCCCGUCUCUGAGUGGUGCGAUCCGUGUUAAUCCGUGGAGCAUCGACGCAGUCACUGACGCCAUGAACUCUGCCAUCACAAUGUCGGACAAAGAGAAGAGCCUUCGCCACCAGAAGCAUCACAAGUACAUUAGCUCUCACGACGUGGCCUACUGGUCUCGUAGUUAUGACCAAGACCUCCAAAGGGCAUGCAAGGAUCAUUACAACAAGAGAUUCUGGGGAGUUGGAUUCGGUCUUGGGUUCAGGGUUGUUGCUUUAGAUCCGAAUUUCAGGAAACUCGGUGUUGAAACCAUAGUCCCUGCUUAUAGGAGAACUAGCAGCAGGUUGAUCCUAUUAGACUAUGAUGGCACAAUGAUGGAUCAGGAUACUUUGGAUAAAAGACCAAGUGACGAUCUCAUCACUCUUCUCAAUCGCUUGUGUGAUGACCCCAACAAUCUCGUCUUUAUUGUUAGUGGUCGAGGUAAGGACCCUCUCAGCAAAUGGUUUGGCUCUUGCGCAAAUCUCGGUCUCUCUGCUGAACAUGGUUAUUUCACUAGGUACUUUUAA